AUUUUCUAGAGUAAAAAACAAGUGAUGAUGUUUGUAGUGGCUAUAAAAAUUGAUACAAAAGUAAUAAACGCAACUGGUUAGGAAGCUCUUAAAGUUCAAUAUUGAACAGAUUGUAAUUAUUCAUAAAAUAUACAGUCAAUACAUACACUUAAAUUUGAAUUGGAUUUUUUUUAAAUAUAAACAUUUUAUUCAUAUACAAGAAGCCGUGCCCAAGUUUCACCCUAAGCUUGUUAAUAUUAAUAAAAAUAGAAUGAUUGUUCACAAGCCUUUAAAGUUUAUAAUAAUUUAUUCAUGGAUUUGAUUAAAUUUGUUUCUUCGAAUUGGAUCAUAAGUAAUAUUAAAGUCAUCAAUGAGUAGGUAGACUUCAAGUUAAUAGUAAAUUAUUCAUUCAUCGUUUGAUAUCAGCAUAUUUCUUUCAGAAGAUGCAAAGGAAUUUCAUUCAUCUUUAGAAAGCCAAGCCCAAGUUGGAUCCAGACUUCUAAGGAUCGAUAAAAAUUAGAGUAAUUGUUAACAAGUCUUUGGAACUGGUAGAAGAUUAUUCACGGUUCCUAUCAAAGCAGGUCUUUAGAGCUUCUGGGUCUGGAAUGUGAUUUUAACUUCUUAAACCUAACAAAUGGACCCCACGCAUGCUGGACCAGCCAAGCCCGUAGCACGUGGGAGAAGCACAGGCCAUACCACGACAAAUCGCAGUCUCGCUUAGCGUCUAGGAGGUUUUAUACACCAGUACAGUCACGCCGGCGCCGCUACUUCGAUAUUACAUAUAUCCCUGCACAACACUGUUUCCUUCAUAAGUUUUUCUUCUUUCGCUACGUCAAGUACUUCUAUCUCACACUGCACUUUGUGAAAGUUUCUUAGAACAUUUUGCUACUCAUGACAAAACGAUCAUGCAUAGGAGUGAGUUGACCUGCAACAUCUCGUCUCCAGAGAUAGGACGAGUGAAGACACCGACUAUGACUAAUCAUUCCCACAUUCCAGUACCUAAAUCUUUCAUCACUCCUAACAAAUCAACUCUACACUCGCUGACAAAGCGUGGAAACCUUUCUACCUCAAUUGAUAAAAAUUCACCAAGUCCUACUUUGCAAGGUAGAAUAACAUCUGUGGCUGCUCAUAAAGCGUCUUUUGAAAAACUUGAUGCAGCAGCAGCUGCUACCAAUCUUCAAAAACGAACUUUUAAUGAUAAUUCGAUCGUUUCCAAUUUCCAAAGUAAAUUUCAAGAUAAUGGACGACAAUCACCAGUUAGAAAAACAUUUAGCCCAAGUAAUAGUUUCAAGUUGAAUGGUACUAAUAAUAAUACUGUAACAAGUCUGGAUGUUAAUUGGAAGCUUAAGUAUGAGGAUUCUGAAAAAAAGAGAAAAAUUCUUCUGCAAAAAUCGGAAAUCGUGCACAAAGAACACACAGAUCUUGAAAAAAGACACCAACAAUUGGUCCGAGAAAAUAGCACACUACAAUCACAAGUACGUGAUAAAGAUGAGCAAUUACAAAAAUUACGAACAGUGUCAGAAGCAGUUUGCAAAGAGUAUGAACAACUUAAACGUCAAUAUGACGUUGAGACGGGGGCGAUGCACAAGGCGAUGCAACAAGCAUCUCAAUGGUAUAAGCAAAAUCGACAGCUGAAGAGGAGAUCACAAGUACUUGCUCAAAAGAUCCUUGAAUCACGCCCUGAUGCCAUGGCCGAUGAUUCAUAUCUUUCAGAUGAGGUUGAUGCUAAUGAAGCUGACGAUGCUGAAGAAUUGCGUCAAACCAUCUCUGAAUUAAGUGCUGAAGUGGCACGACUUCAAACUGAAUUAAAUUCUGCUAGGCUUCAAGAGUUUGAAGCUCAAGAGCAAGCAGCAUUAACCAAUGCCAGGUUAGAAGAUGAGAAAGAAAUGAGAGAAAAGGGUGAAGAAAUAAUCAAACAACUGACAAUUCAUAAGGAAAAUAUGGAACGAGUUUCUCGUAUGGUAGCUGAUGAAGUUCAAGCACUAAAAGUUCAGUGUGAUCGAGAACGAGAAAAUGCUAAAAUAAUGAAGAUGGAAGCUGAUAGAAUGCAAAAAGAACGUAAUGUUCUGGCUCAUCAAAGUGCUCUGCUAAUGGCAGAAGUGAGUGAUGAUCCGAAUGGAAGGCUACUAACCGUUCUCCAAGAAGUUGAAUCUCUUAAGUUACUCCUCGAAGAAGAAAAGCAGGAACACUUGGAGCAAAUUCAACUACUUCAAGAUAAGCUUGAAGAGAAAGAAUCGAAUGUAGAGUUUGAAAUUGUAGAGGAGAAGUUAAAAUUAGCUGAAGUUGAAUUAAACAUGAUGCAGGAACGAGCCGAACGAGCUGAAAAAGAAGUCCAACGGUUGGAAGAGAUUGUCAGAAAGUUGGAAGAAAAAAUCUGUGAAAUAGAGAAAAAAAGUACACCACCGCCUCCACCACUUCCACCACCACCUCCACCGCUCCCACAGUCAUCGAGUAUUUCAGCUUCUUCAGUUAAACUACUUACCAGAGAACGACAACAACAUGACCAGAAUAGAAAUUCCGCUAUUGUUGAUAUGGAAAAUAUGCUUGGAAUUUCUAAGAAACCACCAGCAGUUCCUCAACAACCUGCAAUUGAUGAUAUUAUAAACCAAAUAAAAGGAGGAAGGUUUACACUCAAACAAACAGAUAAGCAGAGAGAAGAGGAACGUCGAAGAAAGCGAGAAAUGGAAAGCGCUCCAGCUGCAGUUUCAGAGAUGUUAAACAUACUUGGAACAAUGAGAAGACGUGCUAAACCCGUCAGACAAUCUCUUAAUUUUCCAGACAUGUCUACUCAGCUCAAUUAAAAUGCACAAUGCAUUCAACAUCCAAUUUGCAACGUAGAUAAAAAAAUAGGUGAUUUCCAGCUCACGCACCUAUCAAUCUUUAUAUAUAUGUACAUUAAAAAAAUCAUGUUUUCAUUAUCUUAUUAUAUAAGCGUCGAUGGAGAAGCAUACAAGCCAUGUAAAUGUUCGAAUUAAUUUGCAAUAAAUUUUUUAAUUUUAUCAAUCA